GUGUGGGCGGGGCUAAGGGAGGGCGGAGGGAGCGGGGACGGCGCGGGAGCGGCAGAGAGGUUCCCUGGGCACCUCCAGUCCCUCUUGGUGACCUUGCUGUGGCUUCAGUUCCCCAGUUGGAAGGUUUAGAAAGAAAAUGAGGUGGAUGUGGAGCUUCACCAGGAAGAUGCCUUUGGAUUCCCCAUGAGGCAAUGCUCCUUUUGACGCCCCAUGUCCUCAGGGUUGUCAGUCAGAGUUGGCUUUGGUUACCUCCCAGAAGCACACCAGAGCUCCUUUGUUCUUACUUGAGCCGAUAAUGUUCUAGGCUGGAAGGCAGCACAGACACAGGGCAGUGGCUGGUUUCUGUUGAUUGUUAAUUGAAGUUGGAAGCUCCACAACAGCCACUGUCAGUUAAGCUGUCACUGCUGGGACACGCUUUCAGUCAGCUGCACUAAUUCUGACCUGGUGUUAUGACACAAAGUGUUUGGAGUUAGAAGUCAGCACUGAAAUGUGGUGGUUUCAGCAAGGCCUCUCUUUCUUGCCUGCGGCUUUGGUGGUUUGGUCAGCGGCAUCUUUUGUGUUUUCCUACAUCACUGCAAUCGUCCUACACCACGUCGACCCCUUGGUGCCGUACAUCAGUGAUACAGGGACAAUACCUCCUGAAAGAUGCUUAUUUGGGAUCAUGUUAAAUAUUUCAGCCUUCUUGGGUAUGGCUACCAUGUAUGUCCGCUAUAAACAAGUUUAUGCUUUGAAUCCAGAAAAACCCAAGAUCAUCAAGCUGAAUAAGAUUGCCCUUACGCUCGGAUUGAUGAGCUGCUUUGGACUCUGCAUUAUUGCAAAUUUCCAGAAAUGCAUUCUGUACUACAUACACGUGGUUGGAGCCUGCCUGACGUUCGGAGUCGGGGCCAUUUAUCUGCUGGUUCAGACUGUCCUGUCCUACCUGAUGCAGCCAGAACUUCACAGCAAAGACAUCUUCUGGAUCCGCCUGACCGUGUUCCUCUGGUGUUGUUCCAGCAUUGUAAGCAUGUUUGUUUCCUCAGUUGUCUUAUACAGCGGCUUGUACGGAAUGAAUCUGGUGCAGAAGUUGCACUGGAACCCACAGGAAAAGGGCUACACAGCUCACAUCAUCAGCACCAUCUCAGAGUGGUCACUGGCGUUCUCCUUCCUCAGCUUUUUCUUCACCUAUAUCCGUGACUUCCAGAAAAUCUCGCUGCGUGCAGUUGUCAGCUUGCACGGACGAACCCUGUACAACACGCCGCAGAGCGGGGGGAGUGAGGAGCAGGCACUGCUGAUAGCAGGGAGCAUCUAAUGAAGGGAAAGAGAAUACAUUCUUAGCAUAACUCAGGAAUUUAAUAGCAAUACAUUUAUAUUUCUAAGCAUUUAUUUUAUAUAUAAAGACUAUGAAGUGAUUGUAUCAAACUUGACAGAGAGGGCUUUGCUAUUAACCCCACAGCAAUGCAAGUGCUAUCAGUAUUGUAAACAGGUCUGGAACAUUUCUGCACGUGCCAAUGUCACAGAUGAAUUAAAUGAAGGUUGUUGAAGG